AUGGCUACAUCGAGAGAACCUCGUUGGACUAUUCCUCCUGAUCCGGAUAGUGCUCGCCCAACAUCACGACCUUUAUCCGCAGGUCCUAAUCCACGAUUACGUGGUGAUGCUGUACGAAUCGCUCAUUCUCACACAGGCACGGUGGGAGUUUUAUUUUCUGAUACUCCAUAUGUGCCUGGUAAAGGUAAAACGACAAAAAACUUUAUGUUGGAGAACAUGCGUCGAAUAAAACAAACACAAAAGACAAAUCAGGAAAGAAAACAAAACGAAGAAAAUCGACCUACUAAACCCAUGUAUAAAAUGGAACGAUUUGUUGCUACUGCGACUUCAAAAGUUGCUAAAAUUAUUCAGGAUCCUCCACCAGCUCCAAGGUCUACUUCGGCAACAUUUUUACGCUCUCACUCAGGCAAAGGAAUCCCUUCACAUUUGAAAGAAAAUCGUUCACAAAGUACAAUAGGCCCAUUAGUAGUUAAUGCAACUAAAUUAUCAGUUCCAAAGGCUAAAGAAUGUAAUAAACAGUUUCAACAAGUGCGAAAAGAUAUAAACUACUUAAAUCGUAACGUUCGUGAAGCAAUCAAUACCAAGGUGCGAAAAUCUCCCUCUACAGAGUCCGUCAAAGAACAUUUAGAUAAGAAAAAUCAAGAUGAAAAAAGUCAUCCUAAAGGAAAAAUACCGAAAUAUCUAACAAAGCGUCAAGAGCAGUGGAGGCGAGACGAAGAAAGGCGGUUGGCCUCAAUACCGGACCCUAAUAUGCCACCCGGUCAUACAUUAAUGCCUGAUGCAGAAAGAAGGGAAACACUCGCAGCCCUAUUUGAAAAUCAAAGAGAGUUAGCUAUGAAAUUAGCAAAGAUGCCGUUACGGUGCGAUUCAUAUACAGCUAUGAACCGAAAGACUCAAGUCGAACGUAAACUAGCCGAAAUUGAUGAAGCUAUCAAGAUUUUUUCAAGACCAAAAGUUUAUAUCAAGGAAGAUUAA